CCCGCAGAUCCUCCAUGUGAAUCAAUCCCAUGAUGCAACAUGCCUCCCCAGCCCCAGCUCUGACGAUGAUGGCCACGCAGAAUGUCCCUCCCCCACCCUACCAGGACAGCCCACAGAUGACGGCAACUGCCCAGCCACCCUCCAAGGCCCAGGCUGUCCACAUCUCUGCACCCACGGCUGCUGCCAGCACACCUGUGCCCAGUGCCCCUAUUGACCCCCAGGCCCAGCUGGAGGCUGACAAACGAGCUGUGUACAGGCACCCUCUUUUCCCGCUCCUGACGCUGCUGUUUGAGAAAUGUGAACAGGCCACCCAGGGCUCUGAGUGCAUCACCUCCGCCAGCUUUGACGUGGACAUCGAGAACUUUGUCCACCAGCAGGAGCAGGAGCACAAACCCUUCUUCAGCGAUGACCCAGAACUGGACAAUCUGAUGGUGAAAGCAAUCCAGGUCCUGAGAAUCCACCUGCUGGAGCUGGAGAAAGUCAACGAACUUUGCAAGGACUUUUGUAACCGUUACAUCACCUGCCUCAAAACCAAGAUGCACAGCGAUAACCUGCUCAGGAAUGAUCUCGGGGGUCCCUACUCCCCCAACCAGCCCUCCAUAAACCUUCACUCACAGGACCUCCUGCAGAAUUCCCCCAAUUCCAUGUCUGGAGUCUCCAAUAACCCCCAGGGGAUUGUGGUCCCAGCCUCAGCGCUCCAGCAGGGCAACAUCGCCAUGACAACCGUCAACUCACAAGUCGUGUCAGGUGGAGCCUUAUACCAACCGGUUACCAUGGUAACCUCCCAGGGUCAGGUGGUCACCCAAGCAAUCCCCCAGGGAGCCAUCCAGAUCCAGAACACACAGGUUAACCUUGACCUCACCUCCCUCCUGGACAAUGAGGAUAAGAAGUCCAAGAACAAACGAGGAGUCUUGCCCAAGCAUGCCACCAAUAUAAUGCGUUCUUGGCUCUUCCAGCAUCUCAUGCACCCCUACCCCACGGAAGAUGAGAAGAGGCAGAUCGCAGCCCAGACAAACCUCACCCUCCUGCAAGUAAAUAACUGGUUCAUCAAUGCCCGGAGGCGCAUCCUGCAGCCCAUGCUUGAUGCCAGCAACCCAGACCCUGCCCCCAAAGCCAAGAAGAUCAAGUCUCAGCACCGGCCCACCCAAAGAUUUUGGCCCAACUCCAUUGCUGCGGGGGUGCUGCAGCAACAGGGCGGUGCCCCAGGGACAAACCCUGAUGGCUCCAUCAACUUGGACAACCUGCAGUCCCUGUCCUCAGACAAUGCCACCAUGGCCAUACAGCAGGCUAUGAUGGCUGCACAUGACGACUCAUUGGAUGGGACAGAAGAAGAAGAUGAGGAUGAGAUGGAAGAGGAAGAGGAGGAGGAGUUGGAGGAGGAGGAGGCUGAUGAGCUGCAGACAACGAAUGUUAGCGACCUGGGCUUGGAACAUAGUGACUCCCUGGAGUAGCCGGGCAGCCCAGAUGGCUCUGAUCACCGAGCAGGAGAGGAGUGUCGCCAAGAGGGCUCAGGGUGGGGGGAGGGGACUUGGGCAGGCAGCACCGAGGAAGUUGGGCCCCAGCUUCCCCAAAUCAGUAGCUUGAAGAAAUGCAGAGGAGACAUCUGCCCCUUCCCAACCACCAAGCUUCAGUGAGCUCCCAGACCCACUCCCCUGGAACUGCAGAGGACUCUGUUGGGCAGGGCCACUCAAGCAGCCUGUAUGGAAAGUCAGGAGUGAGAUCUGGACUCACCGAAUCCCUGAGGACAGAUGACACCCAUGGGCCCCCCAUGGAAGGACUUGAGUUGUUUACAAGCCCUGCACUGUGAGAUGGAUUGGUGCUGUUCGCAGAGUGAGUCUUUGCCAGUGGACAGACUUAAGAGGAAAGGGAGAGACAAAGGGGGCCUGGGCCCUACCCCCAGAAGGUUCUCAGCCCCUUUGAGAGACAUUCAAGGGCAGGAGGGAGCCCAAAAGUGCAACCAGUGGCCAGAGGAGGGGGAGAGCCUGAGGCCUCCCAUCUUGCAGAUCAGUGAGACCUGGAUUCCACAGGGCUGCAACUCAUCCCUCCAAGGCCCUAUCUCUGGGUGCAUCAACCAUGGACUUGGGAGAGAUGGGUGGGAGCCAGCAGAGCCUCCUUUUGUCUCUAUCCUGGAAACAAAUUGCAAGCUAGGGGCUCAACCUGUAGGAGGUCAGAAGAAGUCCUUUCACCUGGGUUGGCUCCAGGAGCCAAGGAUGUGGCAGAACUUGGGCUGGGAGCCAUACCAAGGUGACUUUAGGGAUCAGAACUCAGCUCCUGUAACAACAGGACAAUGGUGUCUCACCCUAGAUGUUCCUGCCCUCAGAUGGAGCUCCUCAAAUGCUCCACCCCCUCCAUAGACCUUCAGAGAACGUGGAGCCAGGUUAAGUUGGAAGCUUUCCACCCCAGAGGCCCCCCCGUUGCUGUCCCUUUGCUCCCAGGCUGACCCCAUCAACCUCCAGCCUCCCUUCUUCAUGCUAUCCUUCAGAGAAGGCAGAAGAAACAUUGGAAAGAAGCAUCCAGCCCAAUGGGAAGCCAGGGGUUGGAGAAGGUGCUACAUCCCCUUCCCAUCAACAUCCAUAAUGUGGGGGACAGCCCAGAGAAAUGGCACCCAAGAUCCUGCAGUAGUGCCCCACCGCCCUGCCUGGCCGUUCUCCACACCAACAUGCACAGCGCUGGAGGAACCGGGGCUCCUGGGAGGAGGUGGCUUUCCACUGUCUGCCCUAACGUGUGUCCUCCCACUCCAACUUCAGGCCCCCAUGAUUGGCAUCCCUCCUCCUGUUCCCACCCACCCCUGUGGCUGUGAAUGACAGGACUGAUCACACAUGUGUUUUCCAUUGGAUUUAAUUUAAUGGACGUGCAGUUUCAUUUGUAAAUUGUGCAUUAGCCAUCUCCUUCAGUGGCAGGGUGUGAGUGGCUACCUGGCUCACCUAGAGGGGACCCUCAGGGCCCUCUAGGGCUUCCCCUCCUGCACCUGGUUGGGGUGGAGCAAAAGGGUGAUUGCUUUCCUGAGGUCUCCUUGAAAUGAAUGUAUUUCUCCCCCAAAAGAGCUGAUAUUUAAUGUUUUAAUAGGGAUUUUUGAGAAACAAA